UUUCAUUUUGUGAUAUACCGCUCAGCUCCGGACCCCGCUCCAUCUGUCUAUAUGAUAAUGAAGAAAGAUGUAUAAGCUUAUUCCAUAUGUCUGCCCAAAGUGGGCCAAACAACUGCAUUACAUACCCAAGUACCGGAUCCAGCUUGCCAAUCCAGAGACGCCAAUACAUAGAUGGAGCUUACCAGGUGUUCCAUCAAAGUUUAAAGUUUUUAUAAAAAGGGAUGACAUGACAGGCAGCACACUAUCUGGCAAUAAAGUACGAAAACUAGAAUUUUUGAUGGCAGAUGCUGUGGUCAGAGAAUGUGGUCAUGUGAUCACUGGUGGCAGCGUACAAUCUAAUCACUGCAGAGCAACGGCUGUAGCUGCGAGGCAGUUACAAAUACAACCCCACUUUCUAAUAAGAACGGAUGCACAGGAUCCAUCAGAGAUAGGAAGUAAUGGUAACCUACUGUUGGAUCGACUGUGCGGUGCUCACAUCUAUGCCAUACCAAAGAAAUCUCCAUACGAAACAGAAAUGAAGCCUCGCAUGGAAAAGUUGGCCAAAAAGCUCAAGGAAGAGACAGGUGAGGAGUCCUAUCUGAUGCCUGUUGGGGGAUCCAGCUCCGUUGGUUUAUUUGGCUACAUCACAGUGUUUGAAGAAUUGAUUUCUCAGGGCCUGUUUAACCAGUUUGAUGACAUCGUUUUUGCUUGUGGAUCUGGCGGUACAGCUGCUGGUCUGUCUAUCAGUAAUCACCUCACUGGUUCUCACGUCAAAUGUCACGCUAUCACCGUGUGUGAUGACAAGGUUUAUUUCACUGACCACAUAAACAAGACCUUGUGUGACAUUCGGCUGGACACUGUCCAUUGUCAGGAUGUAUUAGACAUCGUCGAGGGACACAAAGGCCGUGGGUAUGGCCUAUCUACACAAGAUGAGCUAGAGUUCAUUAUGAAGGUUAGUCGUGAGACUGGGAUAAUGUUGGAUCCUGUUUACGCAGGGAAGGCUGCCAUGGGCCUUGUCAAGGAACUCAACAAUAACCCUGACAGGUUUAAGGGGGAACGGAUACUCUUCUUACAUACAGGUGGAAUAUUUGGCAUGUUUGACGGUAGCCUGGAUUCUAUUGUAAAGGAGGAGACCAGGAACUUGGUACAUAUGUGGCCACACAUGGACAGUUCCCUGGAAUAAAAACUGAUACGAGUCACUACCCAUCAACUCACUCAACUAAUUCGGCGCAAGACCAGUGAAACCCGAGGUUCUGGGUUUGAUCCUGAUAAGGCAUGAACAAAUAAUGACCUCUCUUACAUGUAUUUGAAGAAAUCAAGAUUUCUUUUACCACUGUACCAAGAAACAUAGUAAAGAAAUGGGUGAUUCAUAUGUGAAUAUCAAUAAUUGUAUAAUUAGGGCUUUUCACCAACUGGUGAAAAGACCUAUUGCUUUUGUUAAGUUUCUUAUUAUUCUUAUUAUUAUUCUUAUUAUUAUUAUUCUUAUUAUUCUUCUUCCGUACUUUGUGGAAUCUGUAUCUUUUGAUUGGUAAACGAGAGAUUUAUAGUCUUUUAAGUAUGUUGUAGGAAAAGGUCUAAAGCUGAUCAAGCAACAUUUUCAAGGUGGUCAAAAAUUAAAUAUGGCCGCCAUGACGUCAUAGGUCAAAAUCUUAAAAUGGCCAUAACUCAAAAACGGUUUAAUUUACAGAAUUGACACAAUUAUAUAAUAUGUAGAAUAUCUUAGGGGCUAACUUUAAUUACCACAUGGUUUUUCAUUUAAAGGUCAAAUAAAAAAGCUCGCUGUUGGGUCAAAGGUCAUAAUUUUUAAAAAACAUUCAUUUUUCAUUGUUUUGGAAAAAUACUUCUACAGAUCGAUGGAGGAUGUCCUUCCGAUGAAUUUGAUGUCUUUAGUGUUUCUGUAACGUUAACCGUUAACGUUUUAAGCCAUUUUGAAUAUUUCCUUUGAUCUUUUAAAAAAUUCGCAAUAUUUUAAAACUUGUUUUACUCCAAUAUCAAUGACAAAUAUUUGAUUUAUUUGUUAUGAAAAAGGUUUCCCCAGAUGUUUUCUAACAUUUAAAAAAAAAUCAACUUCAUUGAAAAAUUAAAAUGGCCGCCAUGACGUCAUACCUUAAAAAUCUUAAAAUGGCUAUAACUCAAACACAGUUGAAUUUACAGCC